UACAAGGGAACAGUCACUACAUACAUGAUGGGAUUACAAAUUUGAAAAGGUACUAUGAAGUGUAUAUCCGCCAAAAUAUUCAUAUUUUAAUCGUGUCAUUCACUGAAAUAAUUUGCGCCAAUCAAGACAAUACAAUUUAUAAGCUAUGUAUAAUUGUAUAUUAUGGACUUAUGGUAUAAAUUCUAUAUCAUGUGGGUUGUGUACUUGUGUAGAUGAUUUGCGAAACAAAAUGUGCUUUCUACCUGCACUGGUUGGCUAAGUAUUGAUUUGUCAUAUUUACAACUCUUCUUUUAGUUCUAUUUCUUUAGAAAUUGUGUUUAGUUCUAUUUUGAUGAGUAUAUGUUCUAAAUAUAUUAACGGUUUACAUGCAUGGGCUCUGUGAUUUCUGUGGUUUUAAGAAACUCGAGAUAAUUGAGUGUAAUAAUGUGUUCUAUUUGGAUUGAUGGAUACCCAGGCCAGGGUGCAUGCUGUGCACAAAAGUGCGAAGAUAUCCGGCAUGAGUUUGACAAAUUACAAUACUAUCUAUAUAGUUAAUGUUGGUGUAUCUCCGGCAUAGAGUUUACAUGGAAUGCACCCUGGUACCCAGGGACCGCAGAGCCAGCGAACGCCCAAGGCGUAAGUUUGUUAAUAGGGGGUCCGGGGGGCAUGCUCCCCCGGGAAAUUUUGAAAUCUGAGACCUCCCAGAUCCCCGGAAAUGCAAUCAAAUUUACUAGUUUCUGUUAAAAAUUUUCUUAAUCUAAUUACCCGUCAUUUGUUUAAUCCAACCAGAAAUAGAUUGAAUACUUGGCUAUAUAAGUUAUAAAUACAUUGUUAACUAAUCUGAAAGGUUUCAGUAUUCUUAGUUUAUCAUAUAUGUAUGGAAAAUUAUUGGAGGGGGGGGGGGCUAAAGUUCUCUGUGUUCCCUGAUACCCUGGUUCCGGAGGCUCUCAAUUGCAAAUGUCAAACUGGUUUGGAAAAUCAGCAAACAUUGAACUAUUAUAAUUAGAAUUGAUUUGACUAGAGGCUCUUUUGACUUCAGCAUUAUUUUGCUUUGCCAUUCUUUAAGAGCCUAGCUCUGGAACUAGGGUAUUUGAUGGAUUCAAUGGUUCAAUACACCACUUCAAUAAUGAAAAUUGAGCCAAUUGCUUUGAAGGAAGCGGACAGUCUCCGCAAGUGGCAGGGUGUUAGCCAGGCGGCCGUCCAACCGGCCACUUCUGAAUUUGGACGGCUUAAUUUUAAUGGACAGCCAUGGACGGCCUAAGGAAAUAUUUUCUUUAAAUAGCAACCUACAAGCUUUGUAAUAUUUCUUGAAUACUUUGCGCCAACAAUGUCAUGAAAAACUUAAAAACCAUUGUCCAAUGUCCACACCACCUUAAAUAUUUGUAAAAUGUCUCAAUAGUCUCAUUCUAUGGGCGCUUUCCAUUAACACGGCCAGACCGGUCAGAACUGUCAAAUUGUUGAAUGAAACACAAAACAUUUGGGCUUCGGACCUAUCUGACUGGAAAAUUUAGAUAACAUUAGAAUGAGGUCCAUUUUUGCUAGAUAUAUGAGAAACAUAGACCAGAUUUUUCCAUUGAUACGGAGAAAAGAAUUUGGGUCUGACCGGUCAGGCCAUUAAAUGGAAAGCGCCCUAUGAAUGUAAUGAAAGGGACAUCCAGGGCCUUUCAGAGGGGGGGGGGGGCACUGAGGGCAAUUUGCCCCGUAUAAUUAUAAAUAUAAAUAUUUUUUAUAUAAAUAAUGUAUGAGAAAAAAUUUUCUAAACCAAAAUUUUACAUUUAUUGAUCGAAAAAAAGGGUUUGACCCAUGUUGUAACAGGAAUUUGUACAGAAAAAAAUUUUUGAACCUUAGUUUAACUCAUGUUCGACCAGAAAAUGUUUUUGACCCUUUUUUAAUGUUGGGAAAAAAAUCCAGCCCCCCUCCGCUCGCCAACAUUUUUGGGAAAAAUAGGGCCCCCGAAACAAAAAUUCGCCCCGGGCCCCCGAAUUUCUCUGAUAGGCCCUGGGGACAUUGAUGACACAGAUAGUGUCCAGGGAGAGAGUAUGAGUUAUAAACUGAUAUUGUCCGGGGGGGGAGGGAACUAUCGGCUAGUGGAUGUAGUGUAUGGAGGGACACUCUUUCAGCGGGAUAGUAUCCGCUGUGAUACUGGAUUGCCUUGCUCUCCUACUACAGGAAGUGCCAAUCUGUUGUUGCAAUAAAGGCUCCCUUAAAAUUUCUUGACACAAGAUAGCUAACCCGAGAAUAUAAUGAUGAUGUCAUAGGGAUCCCUGGGAAUGUUUUAUGACAUCAUUAAGAUCUGGGAAAAUUUUGCCCCAAGCCUAUGUAACCUCUUGGCAGCCCUGCAUAUGCAUAUGUACAGUACACCCCAAGACUUGUGGGAAACAACUAACAAUGAGAAGUGAACAUACAUGGAAUCAAUGGGAAUUUUUUAACUAACUUUUUGAAAAAGAUUGUUAGCACUUAAAUAUGGAUACUAAAACUGUCUGUACCAGUGUUGGUAGUACCAAUGUGAAAAUGCUGUGCUGAGUGGUUAUAUUACUACCUUAAAAAAUAAGCAGAAACUCAAAGUUUCUUAAAUAUGGAUGCAUGUUUGUCCUACCAUGGAAAAAACAAACCCAGGCUAUGGGUCAAUCCAGCUCUGAAAUCAUUCAUGCUCACCAAAAAGCACUAGCUAAGGGUGAUUUUGGUCACUUUUCAUUCACUUAGGAACGAUAUUAAAUGCAAGAGGAAGAGCCAGUUUAGUGUUAAAAAAUAAGACAAAGGAUGGGAUUGUGAUCCAGCCAUGUGAUGGAAAGAAAUUAAGAAACUCAAUGGGAUGUGUAUAGUGAUUCCAAUAAAGCAAUCCUAUCUCUAAUGAGUUAGUGAGUUUAUCCCAACAAGGCCAUCAUGGCCAUGGGUGUGUUGGUGUGACACCCCCUGAAAACCCAGUUGUCGGCAAAUGAUUAGGAUUUGUUUGCCAAAAAAGUCUACAAAUGAACGAUUAGUUAGGGGAUUUUCAUAUACAGUGCAUAUGUUAAAUGUGAAAGAGCAAUCUUCUAAGGUUGCACUAACACACAAACAUGUGCACACAUAAAUUUAAACAGAUAAAUUUUAUUUAUUUUAUUUAUUUUACAAUCUUUGUCACAUGACCGGUUUAACCCACAGAGGUAGUUGCUCCUUUACGGGUAACCUGCUAAUGCAAUACUGAAAUAUAGGUUAACACAGUGGAUAUAUCGCUUCAAAAUCGCUAAUCAUUGAGACGUUUGAUUUAAUGUGGUCCUGAGCUAUUCUAUAGUCAUGUGGAUCGAAAAAAGGAAUUUAAUUUAAAUUUUACAUGCUCACUAAAAAGUGAUAUUUCCACUGGGUUAACAGCAACUAAUGACAACACAGUUUGACAGAAAGACUGGACAAGGGACGACACCGAAAUGACACUUUACACACACUGUUUUAAACGUUUGUGGAACAUCAAUGUCGUAGACCUCUUCAACAAGCUUUUGGUAAUAUUUAAAUAGGCCGCAUUUAAAUUGACUGACUGAGAGAUUUGACUGCCGUAAGUGUGAUGGUAAACAGUUAAAAGUCCUGGGUGAUCUGCAGUAAUAACUGCUCUGAAAUGUUAAAGUGUUUACUCUAGGAACUUGUAAUAUAAUUUUUGCUGUUCCAUCAUUUUCUCUCGUCAACCGAUCUGUUGUCUUUACAUGGAUAUUAUGGUCAUUAGAUAGAACUAACGCUUUGUAAAGGUAGACCAUAUCAGGAAUUCAUGCCAGUAUGUUAAUGUAGUAAACCACUUUUGACAAGUCUAUUUUGUAUGAUACUCCUGACAAGAAUGGCAGUGAUAAAAUGUAUCUGGUGGCGCGACGUUGGACGUUUUCUACUUGAAGGAUAAGUGAUACCGACUGUGGUGACCAAAUUUGUGUGCAAUAUGCCAUCUGGCUUCGCACCAUUGUCUUGUAAAGCGCAAGGCGGGUUUUCUCGUUGCUAAUGUCCAUUGAUGAUCUUUUAAUGAAGCCGAGCAUUUUGUUUGCUUUGGCACAUACCAUGGACACGUGCUGGUUCCAUUUCAAAUCGGAUGUGAUGAUCACUCCAAGAUCUUUCUGGGCAUUGAUUCUCUUGUUGGGAGUGUCGUACUUAAGGUGGUAGCUCGACGGCACUAGCUUCAGAUUUCUGGUCACCGAAAGAACUUCACAUUUCGACUGAUUCAGAUCCAUCCGCCACAAUUCACACCAAUUGUUAAUACCAUCAAGGUCUUUUUGAAGAUAUUGUUCAUCCUUAUGUGAUCUAACUGGACGAUAGCAUUUAGUAUCAUCAGCAUACAAAGCAAUAGACGAUGUAUAUGUUUCCUGCGGAAGAUCGUUCACGUAAAUAACAAACAGUAAAGGACCAAGUAUUGAACCUUGCGGCACGCCAGAAAGUACUGGGAGAGAAAUAUAAUAGUUUUGUUUGUGGAAACACCACGUAAAUUUAUUACUGCAAAGCUUUCGAUCCGUAAGCCCGGAUCUUCAUCAAUGCUAAUAAUAUGUCUAUAUAUAUGACACAUAUUAUAUAUAUGACACAUAUUAUUAGCACUGAUGAAGAUCCGCUGGCUUACGGAUCGAAAGCUUUGCAGUAAUAAAUUUACGUGGUGUUUCCACAAACAAAACUAUUAUAUGUUUUAUCGCUAUGCAAACAUACAAAGAACUUAGAUAAAUUUUAACAAAUUUAUUUAUUUUUUCUGUGUGCACACAAACUUGACUGAUUGAAGUAAGGUUGAUGGUAAAAAGGUUCAGAACUGCAUAAUAUGAAAAAUAGCGUCUAUUGAAAGAAAUGAACAUAAAUAUGCUAGUCAAAACCUCAAUUAAACGUCAACCGCGGAGGUGGUCCAAACUAACCUAAAUUGAAAACAGAGCUCUCAGAUAGCCAACCGGGUUCAUAUGAUGACCUUCGUAACAGACAACGAUAGUGGUUUUCGUUGGUAUUUCUUUGCAUGCAGUUUAAAGCCCUGGGCAAACUAGGAAACAUUGUUGCGGAAACAUUGUUUCCUGCCAAUGUUUCGCCGUGUUUCCCAUGCAGAUUGGGCAAGCACUAUAUAUAUAUAUAGGAAACAUUUAUUUUAUUUUACAAGAUUUGCCACACACACAAACAUAAAUACCACUAAACAAUUACACAAUAUUACAUAAUAUUAUGUUACAUAUACAGAACAGGCAGGGACUGAGUCUGAGAUAAUCUCCAAUAACGGGUUCCCGAAUACAUACUAACAAUACAUUUACACGACUAUUGGCUUCGGCUAACUGUCAUGUUCUUACUGAUAAACUAGCGAGAGGACGAGUGGAGUCAGUGGCAUUUGGCGCACAUGCACUGACUUAAAUGUUCUUGGGUUGUCCGGGUUGUAAAUAUGUUCCAGAAGGUCGAAGUAUAGUAUUUAAAUAUUAAGGAUUUGAUGUAAACUAAAAUUCUUGAGGUAUUCUUGCCAGUAGCAGAUUGGGAGAAUGUUAAGAGACUGCAGUCUCUUCUUGUAAGAUAUAUCUGUUCUGUAAGGAAGGGAAAGGAUGAAUUUCGUCGCGCGACGUCGAGUGUUAGUAUGUUAUUUACCGUUUGGGGUUUCUGAAUUUGGUAGGAAACAUUUUUGCUUCUCGGGAAGCAAAUUUUGUUUCCGCAACAAUGUUAACUUCCACGGGUGGGCAAACAGGGAAACAUUUGAGGAAACAAAAUCACAAAUGUUUCCAUGUACAACAAUGUUUCCUAGUUUGCCCAGGGCUUAAUACUCAGGACUAUAUACCAAAUAUUAGAGUAAUUAAGUUAUCUUGCAGUUCGCUUUCUAAAGUGCGUAUGCAAUGAAAUUUCACACCAUCUUUUUAUGAUUGUAUUGUAAAGGAAAUUCAAAUUGACCAGAUAAGAUACUUUGCCAAAGUAUCUUAACUUGCUUCGUUCUUGAGAUAUGUAACAGUAAUUAUUGAUCGAGUUAUUGAUAUAUGCUGAUGCAAAUUAUCUGAAAAAACUUCUGUAUCUUGGUUUAUCUUGCGUCAUAUUCGAAAUCAUGUAACCGUUCAUAUGUUCAGUAUCAUGUCAACAUACUGCAAAUGUAUAUUGUAUGUCAAAGUUUUUUAAGAAAGCCAUUAUGCAAUUUGUCUUCAUAGGGAGGAAAUUUGCGUAUCAAACAUUGCUAAAUAUUUCAAGAAAAAAAAACAAGCUAAAAUAGUUUGGAAAAGUGUCUUUUAAGUUAUUGUUAGGAAAGUUUGCCUCCAAAACUGUUUCCCAAUGAAACUACAUCACUUCACUAAAAAUCACUCUAAGUACUAUCCUGAAUUGGCUUCUGAAGGAGAACGUGAGCAUCCCUGCUGAUCCAAUAACUAGAGUUAUGAACAGUUCAUUUCAAGUAGUGCAGUUACCUUAAUCCUAAUCAAUUGAAAACUGUGCCUAGCUCAAAUAUAUACAACUCACACUGUACUAUGUUACACACAUGGAAAAAGCUCCAUCCAUGGGAAUAGUUCAACCGUUAUAGUUGUUCUUGUUGAUUUCAAGAAAGCUUUCGACACAAACUUUCGUCCAGAAACUUUCAUCGCACGAUAUUCCAUAAGAUAUUGUAACCUGGAUAAUUGACUUCUUGACUGGUCAUAAACAACUUUAUGUGGGCCAGUUCCCUCUCUGGUUCUUCAUUGUUGUGAUCAAUGAUACGAAUGUUUCUAUUGACAACCCAACAAUCUCCGAUUCAGACAAUUGAAGAAGAUUUCUCUAACAAAGCCAAAAUAAAGGAGUUCCAGCUUAAUUUGUCUAAAAGAAAAGAAUAAAUUGUACAUAGCUUACAUAGUUUAUCUAUUUUAUAUAAAUAACUUAAUUCAUCUUAUGACUGCUUGCAAUGUUAUAAUGAACAAUCUCUAUAUCUAUCUAAGUAUAUACACCCGUAAAUAUUUCUGGACAUUGUUUUCGAGAAUGACCCGGAACUUGAAUAGGUCUAAUUGAAAGCACCCUAGCUCUGACAAGAAUUUCCCUUAGCCUUGCACUUUUAUUUUUCUGGCUACUAUUCCUUGCUACUGGAACUAGAAGUGCCCUGCCCGUACUAUCAAUGUAUUAUCUCCAUUUUAGAUGAGUAAUAUACGCAAAGAUGGACCUUACUCGUGGUUUUAUUUAACUGCAACUAGUAUUGCCUGUUUUACAAUUAUCGGUAUUGCUGACUCAAUUGGGGUUAUUGUUGCUGUUUUCAUAGACCGCUUAAAUGUGAGCAACGCAAAGGGAGGUAUGAAUUAGCAGCAAUGCAUAUUUUAUUGUUUCUAUUCGUGCUAUACAUGUAUGGUAGUUAUUGUGUGUGGUUGUACUUAGUAUAGGUAAUCAUGCGAUGGCGAGUACAAUUAGGGAUUAAUAGUACGAGUGAUUUUUGGAAAUUUUGCCAAAAUUGGACGAGCCGCCGUUACUUGUUUAUUAUUAGCAUGACAAAAUUGGAUAUACGUACUUCUCAAUGUCAACAUAGUCAUAUUCUCUCGCCAAAGCCCAGUCUUGCCAGACUUUCAACCAAAAUUUGGUGCUUUUCUUUGUAUUUUCAUUUAGUUCUUUUGUUCAAGCAAAAUUUGGUGCUUUUGUUCGUAUUUUCAUCUAGUUCCUUCACGGCAAUUUCAUUUCACAUCUGUGUUUAAUUAAAAUUCCUUUUCCGCCAUUUUGUUUGUUUUGCGAAAAUCAUUAAUUGUACUGCAGUACAAUUAAUGAAAUAAUUGUACUCCUCUCAACCAAUCAGCAUCCAGUAAUUUUGUCAUGCUAAUAAUAAUGUUUAUUAAGGCAGCGAUGGCAUCACUAACAUUAUUAAUAAAAAAACUCAUUAAUAAUUCAUGAGGAAAAGACAAAGGAAAUCACUGCCGUGUCGGUGGUUUUAUAUGUGAUAAAAAAUCAUGUUAAUUUACAUAAACUUUAGCUUUGAUUUUGUCGCGUGAGACAAUGUUUAUUUCUAAAAUUACUUCACCAAUGAACUGAUCAUGAUCAGAUGGAUCGUUUUUAAGCCAUUUAAAACACUCGCAGUCCGUGCUUUAUCAGAUAUAUAAAAUACUCGAGCUGCGCUCUCGUGUUUUAUAUCUAAUAAAGCACUCCUGUUCGUGUUUUAACUAGUACAUAAUACAGGUAUACUGCAUUUCUUGUAUUUAACCCCCAGUCUUUUUUGUUCACUUCUAAUUAGCCCCCAGUCUCGAAGCGCUGAAAAAAUAGGCCCCCGCCUUCUAUUUGACCCCCAUCCUCUAUCUAUAAAAUCAUUUGCAAUAUAAAGUUAUAACGAAAUAUGAACACAAACGCUGUACAGGUAUAUAACGUUCACUGGUAUGGCUAAAUAACGGUAAAUUGUAUGAAAAUGUCUCCCAAGAGCGCGAAAAUUUAUUUAGUUCCCAACCCCCCGGUCCAGAGCCACUGGAAAAAGUAGGCCCACGUGGCGCUAAAUAGAGGAAAUACGGUAUAUAUUACCCAUGCAUGUACCUAGACUUACUCCAUGUACCUAGAGAUAUGCCAGGAUAAUACGAGAUAGAUGAUCGUUUAAAUCUCUUUCUAGGUUGGAUAGGGUCAAUCGUUUACUUCCUAGCACUAGCGUUGUCCCCUAUAGUGGUUUAUAUUCACAGACGUGUUGGAUUUCGCUGGUGUAUGUUCAUCUCGAGCGUUUUGUAUGGUUUCUCGUUAUGUGUCACACCAUUUAUGACCGACAUAAACAUUGUCUUUUUAACUUAUUCGAUUCCAUUUGGGUCUUCGCUUAGCAUUGUCGCUACAUUGUCAGUUAUAACUCAGCGAGAAUAUUUUAGUAAAUAUUUUGGUUUUGCUGUUGGUGUGCGUUUUAGUGCCAACUCCAUAGGGGCAGUGGUGAUGUCUUUUAUUUUACCAAUUAUUUUGGCUGAACUUGGAUAUAAGAUGACAUUUGUGUCUUUGUUGGUUUUUGCCCCGAUAAUUUUAUGCUAUGGUUUUGUUGCUCGUCAUCACGUGGACCAAGACACAGAAUUAACUGAAAGAAGCGGAAAAUCUGUUAUUAAUCUCUAUAAGGAGUUCUUACAAGACAAAUCUUUUACAAUCUCUUUGCUAGCAAUAGCAAUGUAUUUUUUUACUUGUUUUGUUCCAAUGAUUUUUAUGGUAAGUAUGAAAAUUGUUUUGGUAUUAGUUUUUGCCAAUGAGCACGGGGAAAGGUCCCACACGGAGACGUUAUAACGAUUAGAAGUAUUCCUCCAUGUUUAAUUUUAUUUUAACAGAUAAGUUUUCCAGUGUAACAGGAAAUACUCCCCCCCCCCCCAAAGGAAUUUCCUAGGAAAUAUGAAACGGGAGAGGGCAAAUUUAUUAGAAAAUAUAGCCCCCCCCCAUUAGUCAGAAAUCCCCCCACCCCGAUUACUUAUAUAUUACGCAUAUAUACAGUAUUUGUCUUUGAAGAUUUUGGAAAUGUGUAGAGGUAUAAAACUUAUAAAAGAACUAAAAACCCACAAAUUCGACAUAUUUUAAACGAUAUAUAUGUACUACGUUGCAGAUAGAAACGGAAUACUCUCAGUGAAUACUCUAGCGCCAUUAUUUAUGUAUUCUAAAGAAGGAAAAACACUUGCGAAGUUCAAGCUUAUAUUUUUAGUUCAGUCCUAUAUAAGGCGGGCCAAAUUGUGUGGGAAAUAUGGCCCGAGGCAAGCGGACAAAUUUCAUGCCUGAGACUAAACUAAUUCUAAGAUAACCUGUAAUAUUUUAGUCUGUGACGCAUCUUCGUGCAUGGUAAAGUGCUGAGGUGAAUUAAGAAUGGUCUCCAUCUAGAACAGUUAAAUAUACGUAUAGGACAUUCUAUUUUAACAUUUACCUUGUAGGUUCGUUAUGGUGUCACAUUAGGUUAUCCUUUAUCAACAGCAAAAUGGUUGUUAGUGAUAAGAGGAUUAACAACUUUUAUAAUAAGAUUGAUAGCUGGACGUUUUGGUGAUUUUGCUCUAAAACAUGGGAAGGUGAAAAUGGUUAUUCAAAUAACGUUUGCAUUGUUUGGUGUAUUGAAUUUCAUGUGUUCUUUUCUUCGUGCUUUUCCUUCUUUACUCGUGUAUAUGGCUUUAAUUGGAAUAGUCGAGGGCGUGUGGUGGGUUACAUAUUCUAUCUUGGUUAUGGAGAUUACAGGAGGAUAUUAUUUUAAUGAAGCCUUUUCGUUGUUAAAUCUUGUUGGUGCGUUUUCUUCACUUUUCGGUGUUCCAGCAUCAGGUACAGUUGUGUAGUGAAACGAUUUUGAAGAAUACUGCCAUCCUGACAUAACAUUAACUUUUCACCUCGCGAUUAAGGCAUUCUUUUUGGGGGGCUACAUGUAUGAUAAGCAAGAAGAAAGUUAGUAAUAAUAUUAAUAAGGAUUUUUGUCUUUUAAUUUACCCAUGCAUGUAAACUGUGGGAGGAAAAUCCUUUGGCUUUUUGUUUAAGUAAAUUGCAUGAUGGUAUUAUAUGUGUGCGGGAAAUGAACCUGACUAGCUAAGCAGCCUGUUUUGUGGAAAAAAGUUAAAUCUUAAAUUAAAUUUUAAAAUGACUGCAUGAGGCUGCAUACACUAUGACGCUACGGCAAAUAGUAGCGUAUUGAUUUGCAUCCGGAGGGCCAAGCGUUGGUUCGUAGUUGGCGCGCUAUGGCAAACCACUCCGUUUUAGUGUAAACACAAUACUAAGAAACGUAAUGAUUUUUUAUGCUAACCGUUGCGUUGUAGUGUAAACGCGGUCUAAAAAAAACAUGUAGGCAAUCAAUAUUGUAGACACAAUCAGUUUUACGCAACAGGUCAUCACACUUUACCAACGUAUUGGGUUUAAUGCACUGUUUUCCAAUUAAUUUGUAGAAUACCAUUUAUUUAUAAUAUUGUUUAUUUUAGGUUGGAUUUUUGAUCAAACUAAUGACUUUCGUUACGUAUUUUACACUGCGUUUGGGAUGUCUUUAUUAGCAGCACUUAUGCUAACUAUAAGCUCACAUGUAAGGGUUGACAAAGAACUUUCGUUGGUAGAAAAGAGUAAACGUGGUAAAGAAGAGGUAUCUUGUGAAUUGAUUGCUGACAGGAACAAUUUGAUAUCUGAAAGUGGCAAUGAGUCUAUAACAAAACUGGUGUACGAAACAACGGUUUAAAAAGGUGCUCUAUCUAUAUGUGUAAUAAAUAUUGUUUGUGUUGCAGAUACAAUAAUGUGUAAUAAACCUUUCUUAUAAUUACGUCAAACGCGGAAAACCAAUUUAUGCAUUGUCCCAAAGGUCAGUGCAAGUCGUUGGCGAGCCAAUAAAUUUCAUAAAAACAUUUGCAUUGUACCUUGGGACAUCCCAAAAAGUGUUUUUUUCCGUGUUUGACGUCAUUAUAAGAAAGGUCUAUUAUUUGUUACGAGGUCCUUUGUUAGGGAUUAGCUUUGAACUCACAGGAUACAGCGCUGCGCGAGGCACUCAAUUACCUGAACGAGAUCCAAGACAAUGACCAAAACACCGUUGCUCCCCAGUUGUGAUGCAUGGUGUAUAAAAAAAACCAUGCAUAUGUUUGUUAAUUGAACUGAAUGUUUGUUAAUUAAACUGAAACUCCGUGAAAUUUAUGGAAACGUUGUGCAAGCAUGGCU